GCCGUUCUUGUUUUCACUCCGAUUACAUCCAUCUUUUCAAGACAUGCGUUGAUGCAAAACAAGUGAAUAGAAAUCAUUUGGUGCACCCUCGCGAUGCAUGGCCUCCACCAGGAACAGCCGUCUAUGCUGCGUGUCCGUCUUCAAGCCGAUUCGACAGAGCAAGGUUAACUGGUGCUCGUGGAUGCGCCCACACGGUUAUGAAACGUUCUCCUCGAGGGAACGAAGGGAAGAUGGAUUUGUCAGUGAGAUGAUGUUGACGCUUCGGGCGAGUGAGUACCAUAUGGUACCCUCCUCCGGACUUCGGAUGGCUGUAAAUCCGUCCUUGGCUGCCAGCUCCAUAUGCCAUAUGCUGCGGGAAGACACCCGUCUAUUCAUUUGGACGCUGUUGUAAAAGGAGGCUCUGUUGCCGUCCUGCUCUCUCUCCUUCUCUCCUACGUGAUCGUCUUCGGCUAGCAUUUCCUCUGUAAUUCUCUGCUCAAUAUGUCCACCUCUAGUUUGCCCAGUUACAGAGCUCUUGACCACUCUCGAAUUCCCACUUAUUCUGCUGAACCGAGCGCAUAUGAACGACGACUUGCUGUGAAUAGGUCCCGGCUGCGGCCCUCUGGUGAAUUCGUGAAACAGUCAAAGGGUGGCGGCGUGAGCAUUCGACUGACUGCCCAGGAAAAUAAUGUUUCGUUGCCUGUGUAUGGUUGUGGAUCUUCCAUCGAAGGAACGGUGGAAUUGCCACGAACAGACGGUGUAGCAGCUGUCGAGGUCAAGAUCGAAGGCACUCUCCGCCUCAAAGAGAUUGCUGAAGGCGGCACCGUUACCCAUAAACUGUGCUCUUCCAGAGCUUCAUUAUGGGAUGCAGAUCGAGCGUCAGUGCCCUGUCCUACAUCUCUCCGUUUUAGUCUUGGUCUUCCAGCAACGUUCACAGAUGGCAAAGAUACUUACCGUUGUGCAGCCUCUACCUCCUACACAUGAGGUACAUCUAUCUGGAGUACCCGGGUUCCGAGCCACAAUCGAUUACGCCAUCUCGGCUUAUGUCUAUAAGGGUAAAGCUGCGGCACUCUUGCCCGUUAAACAGAAUAAUACAGUAAGCACGCCGUUCGUGUACUAUCCUCGGUCUCGUCCAGCCCUCGGACUUCCCGGACCCAUGACCAUCACGACAGUUUAUCCAGGAGUUCUCGAAUCAGCCGACUGGACAUGCUUUGAUACCGUCAUGGCGGCGAAAUCGCGUGGUGUUAAAGAUAUCGUAGCUAAGCUAUACAUCCCGGCUUCACGAGUGUUCUGCCUGUCAGAGCCCAUUCCAUUUCACCUGACGUUCGCAUCCUCGGCUGUGUCAUUAGCAGCCUUCCUUCCAUAUGUACCUGCGCCUUCUAGCUAUAUGGGAGCUAGAAGGCUUACCCGUAUUCAGGUGCUCAGGCAGUCUUCUGUUGAUGUUCGAAAUACGACGAUUGCCGGAACGAAGACAGAUAUAUGGAGAGUACUCUCAAUUGGAGAGGGUUCCUUCCGACAUGCCUGCGAUGGGCAAGAAUUCAUGUCAUUCGUGGGUGAGAUUGCCGUCAACCCAAAUACAAGAAUAGGCGGAUUCAAAGCAGGUGGUCUGUUCAUCAAAGAUUGCAUCGUGUUGUCCAUGAUCCCUCCUGAUCCUACGAAAUCGCCUUUCUCUGAGUUACGGUGCGUGGUACCUAUCCGGUUGACCACAGAUCCAUGGAGCAGUGAUAAUACUGGAGCACCUUUCCUGCAAACGGAGUAUUCCACUCCUUCCACGCCGGAAGAGUCUCAUGCAGGUUCUCACUUCUCUGAUUAUCAGGAGCAGGUAUGAGUGUCGAGAUUGGAACUAGGAUGACUGUACUUCAAUAUGUGGCUGGACUUCAAUUCGAUAACACAUAUCAUGUAACACAAUGAUUCAUGACUAGAGCUGUAGCCAUAACGCUUGUAUAUCACGUUCUCAUACUCUUUCAUUAUCUUAUUAUUAACUCAACGG